AUGUUAUCUCUCACUCGGGGGCAGCUCAAGGUCAGGCCAUCGUCAUGUGCCUCGGUUCUGGCCACUGCAAACCGCGGUGCCGGUCUCCGGCGGUCUUUGCACGAUCAGGGCGUAUGGGGCUAUCAGUCGCCACGACAAUUCACUCUACCCGACUUUACGAGUCAAGAGCUACAGAACCGAGCCGAGAACGCUUCGUUGCUGCGUUUGGUCGAAUCUUAUCGUGUAAGUACUCCCUGAUUGAAGCCCACACCAAGACCGAGCUCGCGUUCGUUCACUCACUCACUCCUUCAGUCUGCUCACGGCAUCCCGUGCGCUCCGUGCCUUCUCGUCUCCUUCAACAGCGACAUGGUCAUCGCUCCGCCCGCCUCGACCCGCUCGACCUCGCCGAACGACCCAACGUACCCGCGUUGGAUACUCGACGAUACGGUUUCAAGUUGAGUGCUCCGCCAUCAAGGGAAGAGUUCCGUUCCGAGGUGUUGCCGCCUUCGACCGCCGCGUUCCAGUCGACCGAGGUCGAUACCCGAGGCAUCCUCGACUUUCCCGAAAACAUGAAGGACGGCGUUAGGUCGAUCGAAGAGAUCUCGGAGUGGCUCUCUCAAGUCUAUUGCGGUGGUAUUGGCUAUGAGGUGCGUCUCGAUCCGUUGCUUCUUGUGAUAAUCGGUCGCGCGACGGGCAAUCAGGAGCUCACAUUGAGUCACGUGACCGAUUGCUCUGCCCCCAUUCAGUUCAUGCAUCUCCCCUCCAAGCAUGAGCGAAGGUUCCUAGAACAGAUGCUCGAGACAUCGCAUUCUCGCCCCAUCCCGUCCGAGAAGCAACUUGAGUACUGGCGGUUGCUCGCAGCGAGUGAAGGCUUCGACGCCUGGGCCGCCAAAAGAUUUCCCAAUGUCAAGCGCUACGGCCUCGAAGGUGCCGAGAGCAUGAUGGUCGCUUUAGCGGUCUUGAUGGAAGAUGCGGAGAGGAGAGGAAUCCAAGAAUCGGUCAUCGCUAUGCCUCAUCGAGGUCGGUUGAACGUCUUGACCCAACUGUUUGGCAUGGACAUGAGGCUGCUCGUCCGCAAGGUCAGCUCCUGUCGACCCAUCGGCGAUUGCGAUCGGCGAAACUGACAUCGAGAUCAACUGUCCCAAUUUGCAGAUGCGCGGACUUCCCACCUUGCCCAAGCACCUCAAAUCGCCCGACUUCUUGGAUGACGUUCUGUCCCAUCUGUUCCUUUCGGCACAGUACACAUCCUCGAUGGGCGUUCACUUGCUGCCAAACCCGUCCCACCUCGAGGCCGUGGGGCCCGUUGCACUUGGUUUCGCACGCGGAUUACAGGUCCCCUUCAGUGAUACUCAGGAUCUCGGAGAAAAAGUUCUGUCGAUCCAGAUCCACGGUGACGCCGCAUUCGGUGGACAAGGGGUCGUCUCUGAGAGUCUCAACCUGGCGGAUUUGCCCCACUUCACCGUCGGAGGCUCGAUCCGAAUCGUUGUCAACAACCAGCUUGGUUACACCACCCCGGCAAGUUCGGGUCGUACUUCGUUCUAUGCGACCGACCUGGCCAAGAGUAUCGCUGCUCCUAUCAUCCAUGUCAACGGCGACCGAGUUGAGGAUGUGGCGAGGGCGAUGUCGCUCGCUUUGGCGUAUCAGCAGUCAGUAUCUUUCUCAGGUGUAAUCGUAACGGACCUCGGAGUAUGAAAGUUCACGUGUGAUUUUGAGUCUCACAGGAAGUUCAAGAAGGACGUCGUGAUUGAUCUCGUGGUGUACCGUAGACGAGGACACAAUGAGCUCGAUGAACCGGCUUACACAUCUCCGACCAUGUACCAGAAGAUUGCGAACCUCCCGUGAGUGACAACUGGUACCAAGUAUUAUGAUAAAGCCACUGAAAGCUCUAUGGCAAUCUCAUAGAUCGGUCCCUCAAAUGUACGAGAAGCAGCUGAUUGAGGCCUCGAUUCUCGAUCCUGCCGUGGCGGCCGAAACACGAAAAGCUCUGGCAGCGCAACUCGACAAAUCUCUCGUCGCAUCCGAGCCCAACAACUUUACCGUGCCCGACCUCGACCGUCCACGUGGAUGGGACAAGAUGAAAUGGCCUGUUGCCGGCGAAUGGGCUCAUGCCGUGGAGACAGGAGUUGAGGUGGACGCGCUCAAGCGGAUCGGCAAGCAGAGCGUCGAGAUCCCCUCGGAUAUCACCAUCCACCCUCGUCUCGGACGUAUGCACAUCUCCAAGAGGCUUCAGAGCCUCGAGUUUGGCUCGGGGAUCGACUUUGCAACGGCCGAAGCCCUUGCUUUCGGAUCGCUGAUGGAGGAGAACUACCACGUCCGACUUGAUGGUCAGGACUCUGGUCGCGGUACCUUUUCGCAGAGACAUGCCAUCUUUGCGGAUCAGAACUCGUCGCGGACGACGGUCCCCUUGCAGAAGCUUGGGCCCGGCAAAUUCGAAGUCGUUAACUCGCCCCUGUCCGAAUACGCCGUUGUCGGCUUCGAACAAGGCGUCGCUUGGGUCUCGCCCAACAUCCUCUCGCUCUGGGAAGCGCAGUUUGGUGACUUCAACAACACCGCUCAGGUCAUCUUGGACACGUUCUUGGGCUCAGGCGAGACCAAAUGGGGUUUGCAAAGCGCUUUGACCUUGCUGCUGCCCCAUGGCUUCGAUUCGGCCGGGCCGGAACACUCCUCAGCCAAGAUUGAGCGAUUCCUUCAGCUCACGAACGAGCCCAUGGCUAGGAAGAAUUUUGUACCGAAUAUCCAUUUGGUCAAUGUGACGACUUCGGCCCAGUACUUCCACCUUUUGCGACGCCAAAUGAAGCGCGAGUACCGCAAGCCUCUGGUCGUCUUUUCCCCCAAGGGUAUUCUUCGACUUCCAGUGAGUACUCCUUGUUCGAGCUGAUUUCAUCUGUCUUUUUACUGAGAUGGUCUUCUCAAACAUCCACCAGUCCGCCUCCUCGUCUCUCUCUGAACUCGGCCCCAGGACGAGUUUCCAACCCGUCCUUUCGGAAACUCUCGACUCCCCAGAAGAGAAAGUCCAACGCGUCGUCUUCCUCUCCGGCAAGAUGUACUACGACCUCAUCAAAGAACGUACCACCCGCUCACUCGACGGUGCGAUCACCUUCGUUCGCGUGGAAGAAAUUUCACCCUUCCCUUACGCCGUAUUAGAGAAGACGAUCCAAGCCUAUCCCAACGCCAGAUCAUUCGUUUGGGCUCAAGAGGAGCCAGAGAACGCAGGGGCUUAUACGUUCGUUUACCCUCGCUUGAGUCAGAUCUUACCCUCGGGACACAAGUUGGAAUAUGUUGGAAGAGAGGCGAUGGCGACGACUGCGCCGGGGGUGUCGAGUUAUUUCGCGGAACAGAAGAAGGUGAUCACGGAGCAGGUGUUUGAAGGGCUUUCGGCCUGA